CCCGUCCUUGCACGGAUGGCCGUGCCGCGGGAGCCGCCCGCCGCCCCGGCUCUGCCGCCCGCCGCCGCCGCCGCCGCGCCCUCGUUCGGCGCGGCCAGCGCGCUGGUGGCGCGGCGCUACUCGUGCCUGGUGGCGGCGCCGCGCCGGCGGCACGUGGCGCUGCCCCCGCGCUUCCUGGGCCGCAAGCGCUCCGGCAUCCGCGCGCAGCUGGACGCCGAGCUCCUGCGCUACUCCGAGAGCCUGCAGGGCGUGCCGGUGGCUUACGACAACAUCAAAGUGGUGGGGGAGCUCGGCGACAUCUACGACGACCAGGGAUUCAUCCACCUGGACGUGGAGGCGGACUUCAUCAUCUUCAGCCCCAAGAAAGGGAAGAAGCUGGUGGGCAUAAUUAAUAAAGUGGCCCCUAGUCACAUUGGCUGCCUGAUACAUGGAUGCUUCAAUGCAUCUAUCCCUAAGCCUGAACAAAUGUCCCUUGCACAGUGGCAAGAGCUGGGGUUAAAAAUAGGGGAUGAACUGAAAUUUCAGGUGUUGCACUUGGAUUCUGAUACAGCUGGGGUGUUCUUCAUUCGAGGAGGACUCACUAAAAGCAGCAUGCGGCCCAAAAAAUCUGAUGCAGUCCCUGAAAGUACAAAUGGGGACGAAAUUCAAAAGCUUGACCACCAGGAAAAUGGCCUGAAUAACAGUGGCGAAGAUAAUGUCACAGAAGAGCCUUUAAAUGGGAUGGGUAACCUGGGGAGGGAAAAUGAAGAAGAGCCCAGUGUUGAUGCUGUGAAUGGAGUAUGCGAUGAUAAAAAGAAGAAGAAGAAAAAGAAAAAGGACAAGGACAAAGACAAACAAGGAGAACAGGAACUUGUAUUGCCUACCAGUGACUCCAGUGGUUACCAAAGUGACCAUAAAAAGUCAAAGAAAAAGAAAAGAAAGCAUUGUGAUGAAGUUGAAGAAAGUGAACUAUCUCAGCUGUCAGAAAAACCCAAAGCAAAAAAGAAAAGGACUAAGGUCUGAAGUGUCUUUCCUGCAAUACAUUUCAGAUGUUUUUGAUAAAUUUCAAUAAAAACCUGUUUUGAAAA